AUGAAUUUUAAGUUCAUAUCAUUACUUUUGACAUGGAAUUUUUUGUUAGUCUCCGCUAAAAUAGACUCUGCGGAAGAAGACAGUGUAUCCAGAGCUAGAAUGUUGAGAAAUAGAGAGAAUAAUAGAAAUCGCACUACUUUCAAUGGCACAUUAACCGACAUCCCCGACAGGAGAUAUUUCAGACAUAGAAACAGUUCUAAAUAUCGGAGCGACAGACAAAGAUACUGGGAACAUGAAACUAGACGUGAUCGAAGAAAGCUGUCCGCAAGUCAUUCUACUGAAGAACACAAUAAAUCUGCAGAUCAUUUCAGUUCAAAAAGGGAAGACAAAUCUCGAAAAGCUGAAAAGCAAUGGAACAGGAGUUAUGUUGACAAAAAUCCGGCGCGCGGAGCUAUAAAUCACAGCAAGAUGCAAGAUAGAAGUCACCCUCUGCCUGUUAGGGAGAAUACAACCAGGUCCAGAUUGCGAAUAACCAAUAAAUGGCAGAGCGGCGGCUAUAUUCCCUAUCCACAGCCGAGGGAGAGAAAGCCCAAUAUAAUAUUAAUUCUGACGGACGAUCAAGACGUGGAAUUGGGUAGUCUGAACUUUAUGCCAAGGACAAUGAAGGCUAUAAGGAGUGCGGGAGCGGAAUUUCGGCAUGCGUAUACUACUACACCUAUGUGUUGUCCGUCUAGGAGUUCCCUUUUGACGGGCGUUUACGUGCAUAAUCACAAUGUGUACACGAAUAAUGACAACUGCUCUUCGCCGCAGUGGCAAGCCAAUCAUGAAACCAACACCUUUGCUACAUACCUCUCCAAUGCCGGCUAUCGAACUGGUUACUUCGGAAAGUAUCUGAACAAAUACAACGGAUCUUAUAUACCGCCGGGCUGGCGCGAGUGGGGUGGUCUAAUAAUGAACUCUAAAUACUAUAAUUACAGCAUCAAUAUGAAUGGCAAGAAAAUCAAGCAUGGUGAUGAUUAUCACAGGGAUUACUACCCAGACCUGAUCGCGAAUGACUCGAUAGCGUUCCUUCGUGCUUCAAAACGUCGGUUCACGAGGAAACCAGUGCUUUUGGUGAUGUCGUUCCCCGCACCACACGGCCCUGAAGAUUCCGCUCCGCAAUAUUCGCAUCUGUUCUUCAAUGUCACCACACACCACACACCAACGUACGAUAUGGCACCAAAUCCUGACAAGCAAUGGAUUCUACGUGUAACAGAGAAGAUGAAGCCAAUACACCGGCAGUUCACGAAUCUUCUAAUGACUAAAAGAUUACAAACGCUGCAAAGUGUCGACAUGGCUGUAGAGCGAGUAUAUCAAGAACUGAAAGCUCUGGGAGAGUUAGAUAACACCUACUUAGUGUACACUUCAGAUCAUGGAUACCAUCUAGGUCAGUUUGGGCUGGUGAAGGGCAAGAGCUUUCCUUUCGAGUUCGAUAUCAGGGUGCCGUUUUUAGUCCGAGGACCUGGAGUUGAGCCUGGCACUGUAGUGGACGACAUUGUCCUGAAUAUAGAUCUGGCACCAACGUUCCUGGACAUGGGCGGGGUGGAACCGCCCGCUCACAUGGAUGGCCGCUCACUGCUGCCACUACUACAGCCACGGCGCAGGCGCAUGGCAACGCACUGGCCCGAUACUUUCCUCGUUGAGAGUUCCGGUCGCCGUGAAACACAAGCACAUCUAGCAGCGGCGAAGUAUAGUCGACAAAUGAAUCAAGCAACCAGCUCUCCAGGACACGAUACUUCUUCAGAAAGUGUUGACUUAAACGACGAUCUUGACGACGAUGACUUCUUGGAACCUGACGACGAGGAAGAUGAUGAUGGCGACGAUGUUAGUACUGAAGGCCAAUCGAGUGAACCAAAGAGUUCGUCUGAACCUCUGGUCACUAAUGAGAGUCACAAUCCGUUGUUGGAAGCAAGUCUUGAAAAAGCGCUAGAAGAGGCUAGCACCAACAGUCAAUCUUAUUAUCUUAACCCUACAGAAGCAGAUUCACCUCUAUUAAAUGGGAAAGCUGCUCGUCUUGCUGCAGAAUGUUCAAAGGCAGAACUCAGAGCGCCUUGCUCCACCGGACGAAAGUGGAAAUGUGUACUAGUCAAUGGAAGGUGGCGACGACACAAGUGCAAAUAUGAAGCGGAAAUAAGUACUCCUUCAACGAAAAUGAGUACAAAGAAGUGUGCCUGCUUUACACCAAGUGGUCUUGUAUAUACUCGACUAGAAACUGACGGCACGAUUGCAAGGCGACCUGCGGAUACUAGUAAACAAAGCAACAGCACAAGAAUGCGACGAUCUAUCGACGAAGAUAAUGAAGUAUUUGAACCAAAUACUGUUGAAAGUAUUUUGAAAGAAAAUCCUAGUAUUGGACAUCUCAGUUUUGGAAAUGAACCUAUCGAUGAAGAGGUGAACGAAAGCUUUAGAGAAAAUAUUGAUAAACUGAUAAAAGAAACUGAGGCGUUCCUGAAAGCAUACGAAAAUACCAAAGAAAAUAUAGGUUUAAAAAGGACGAAGCGGAGAGCUCAACAUUUCAACCAUAAUAAUCAUAAUAAAGGUAAGCAAAAAAAUAAGGAUAUUAUUAAUAGUAAUGAAUCAGCAUUAGAAUGCAAAAUAGAAAAAGAUGGAAGAGUCAAUUGCUCUCAAGUUAUAUACAAUGAUUUGAAGGCAUGGCAUACGAAUAGACUUAGCUUAGAAGAUCAAAUUCGACAGUUGAAAACAAAACUUGAAGAUUUAAAAGAAAUAAAAAGGCAUUUAAAAACUACAAAACCAGUGGAAUCCCACAGCAGCCAUUUUCCAAAUAUUUCAUAUUACUUCCCUAAUAAGACAGUUCAUGAUCAUAAUCAUUCUAAAGAACAUUUAAGAGUUGGCAGAUUGCAUAGGCUAAGACUGAAAUCGAGAAAUAACACUUCUUUUGACAAGAAGUUUAGACAUUCAAACGAAUAUAUAAUGCCAACUAUAAACGCUAAUACCAAAGAUGACGUAUUUGAUAUACAAAUGAGGAACGAAACAGUGACUGAUUCUUCAACAGGUUUUAGUACUUCUGAAGUAUCAGUUAUUAGUAAUCUGGCGAACAGUACCGACACAGAAUUACCCAAACCACAAGUUACAACUAUUAUAAUUGAAAAUAAAAAUUACUUGCAAAGUGAAAUAGAAAGUGAAAAUGGAACAACACAAAACGUGGAAACUAAUACAAGUGACACAGUAACAACAGACACAGCAAAGGAGUAUGAAUCACCAAAAAAUAAUGAAGAAGUCACAACUGAUCAGAGUACUGUUAUUAAUUUUUCUCGGACGGCACAAAUAUUUAGUUCUGCUAUUGAUAAAUUAUUGACCACGGAAAAAUAUAACUACAGCCCAACCGAAACUUACAUAAGCUACUCUACGACACCAAGUGAAGAAUCAUCCCAAAAGUUAGGACCAACGAGAUUCGAUGCAUCAGAAUAUGAAGAAAGAAACCCAAACAAAGAUUCGUCGAAAAGUACCAGUGUUUUUAAUAGACAGUCUAAUGUAUUCCAAAGAAGACUUAAUCCAUUGUUAAUUGAAAAUGAAGAUAAACAUGUGUGUUACUGCGAAGAAAACCGCAAAUCUAGAGGCCCUGGACAUUCAUAUCUAGAGGCAGCGCAAAAAGCCAGAGAUGAACGCAGAAAACUCAAAGAACAACGACUAAGAAAGAAAUUAAGGAAAGCCAAAAAGAAGGCUGAAUUGGAAAAGCUCUGCGAGUCGGAACGUAUGAAUUGUUUCCGUCACGAUAAUGACCAUUGGCGUACUGCACCCUUGUGGACAGCGGGACCGUUUUGUUUCUGUAUGAGCGCUUCUAAUAACACGUACAAUUGUGUUAGGACUAUCAACGCAACACAUAACCUACUCUAUUGCGAGUUCGUCACUGGAUUAGUGACAUACUACAAUCUAAGAGUUGAUCCCUUCGAAACACAAAAUCGAGUGAAAUAUUUGACUACAUCGGAAAAGGAAUAUUUUCAUAAUCAACUUCAACAGUUACUGAAUUGCAGAGGACCUUCGUGUCGAAGAUUUUCACAUUCAAAUAGCCAUGGUAGCAGUGAAGAGACUCUAAACAGAAGAUAUGAAGAUGAUCAUAGAUAUAGAGACUUAGUAGGAUAUAACGAAAGGUCGUGGAGAUGGAGUGGCUACGGUCGGCGAUAUGCAAGAGAGCGGCUUCACAGGCGUCGUCAUGCAAUGGCAUUCUAG